CGGACUCCCUUACAUUCGUGCUAUUGUGAGUCGAGUCGUGACGCCACGCCACGCCGUCAGUACUGAAUAGUCUUUUACAAUUGAUUUUACUUUGAUGAAGUGAAUUUUUUUUUAAUUACCGGAAUAAUGUCGAUGACGUGGAGUGUUAUCGCGAGAUAAUCAACGAUUCUCGGAACGGAUUAACCGUGAUAAUGGUGUGAGAGGAGUGUGUGGUCCAUUGUUUUGACGCGAGACAACGCAGAAAUGGCGGAUGUUGUAUUUAUAACGCAUUUUCUGCUGUUGUUGACAUUGAAAUUUUGUGCAGCCGAACGCCAGCGAACACCUCUCCUGGAAGACCCUAAUGGUCUGGAGAGCGAAGAGCCUUCAGAAUCCCUAAACACAAAGCUGAUUAACAACAUAGGCCGCAGGACCUAUUCGUGCUACUCAUGCGAAGGAGACGAAUGCGGAAGUCUUCGGGAUCACUGUCGCGAUGCCAUUGCGUGCUGGAAGUCCAGGGUUAGGGAGCCAGAUGGAAGAGAAAGAGUGAAACGUGGCUGCACGACAAACCCAGAUCAAGUUCCAUUGAUAUGCAAUAAAUUGACGCCUGGCAGUCGCCACGGGGCUCUUUAUCACGUUGAGUGCUGCUACAGUGAUUACUGCAACGAUGGACCCUUUCCAAUUCUCGAGCGUCUCGACCCGGAUAAGGAAGAUUAUGCUGCCAAACUAACCCUCGCCAUCCUCGGACCCAUUGUGGGACUAGGAGCAGUGGCUGGAGGGGUAUUAUUUUGUCUAUUAGCCAGGAGAACCCGGAGAAAACGUCCAUUACCGAAACGUAAUCAAUUGCUCGUUGAUCCUGAAAUGGAGCCUUCAAUGCUGCAUUUUCCAUCAGCCUCUCAAAAUUCGUCCUCAACUUAUCAUACUAAUGAACUGAGAGCUACUGCUGCUGGUGAUAGUACUCUUAGAGAAUACCUUGAUGGCAGGAGUUUGACGAGUGGUUCAGGUUCCGGGCUUCCCCUGCUGGUGCAACGAACCCUAGCGAAACAAGUGGCCUUAGUGGAGUGCCUAGGUUCUGGUGGUGGUGGAGGAUUCGGUGGGGAAGUAUGGAGGGGAAUCUGGCAUGGAGAGUCAGUGGCAGUGAAGAUUUAUUUUUCUCGUGACGAGGCAGCCUGGGCUCGUGAAACCGAGGUCUACUCUCAGCUGCUGCCCUCCAGGCACGACAAUAUCCUAGGAUACGUCGGCAGCGACAUGACCAGUCGUGCCAGCUGCACCCAGCUAUGGCUGGUGACGCAUUACCACCCCCUGGGCUCCCUUUACGAUCAUCUCAAUCGAUCCCCCCAGCCUCUGACACCUCACCAGACCCUCAAUAUUUGUCUGGGUAUUGCUAAUGGUCUUUUAUAUCUUCACACGGAGAUUCAUGGAACCAAGGGGAAGCCUGCCAUGGCCCAUAGGAAUCUCAAGUCGAAGACUAUUCUUGUCAAGACGAAUGGCAGCUGCGUCAUCUCUAAUUUCGCACUUGCUGUCACUCAGGAACGAUUGAGCAAUGAUCGAGUGGAUUUGAAGCAGGGAACCAGGCGCUACAUGUGUCCGGAGAUAUUAGAAAAUACAUUAAACCCAGAAUGCCUCGAGAGCUUCAGAUGCGUGGACAUCUACUGUCUGGCUCUAAUAAUGUGGGAGGUCUGUAGACGUUGUGUGAGCAACGGUGUAGCCCUGGAUUACGCAGCGCCGUACUCCGAGUGGCUUUCGAGUACAAGUCAAGAGCCAUCAAUAGAGGAAAUGCGUAAGCUAGUGUCUCUGGACCAGAGGAGACCGCCCCUACCAAAUCGUUGGUACUCAGACCCAACCUUGGCAGGCAUGGGCAAACUGAUGCGCGAGUGCUGGCACGGUAAAGCAGCAGCAAGACUGCCAAUUCUCCGUGUCAAAAAGACACUGAUAAAAUUGGCAGCCAACGACACACGAGUACACUUACCUCUUGACUGACCAGAGAUUAUUAAUGAUAUGAAGAAUUGAAAAUAUUCACGAGUAUUUAUUGUUAAUUCAUUGAAUUCGUUACUAGGUUUAGACUCAUCCGAUCCCAAUCAUUUUAGUUCAAUCGAGGUUAAGCUAGUAAAAAAAUCACUAAUUAUUAUUUGUUUUCCCUGGAUUGAGAGAAUACUUGACGCAGAUGAGAAAUGGAUAAAGUACUGGACACUUAUUCUAAAUUAUAAUUAAUUAAUUGUUGAAGUUGAUGAUGUUCAACUGAAAUGAACUGCCUUACGUUUUUGUUCUGCCAAGUAUUCUCCUCAGUGUCGAUCUGAGAGCCAUAUUUUGUACGGCCAAGUCAAUCAUGUAAAUUUUUAAGAUUGAUUAAUUAUUCAAAAUAAUAAGGGGGACAAUGGGGCAAAAUGGAACGAUUUUUUUUUAUUUCACAGCUUUAAAAUGAAUAAAAAUCUUCGAAUUUUACUCUACCGAUCCCAAGGUAUAAUCGAUUGAUUAACGUUCUAUUUUGCUUCACUCUCCUGCUAUUCAAUUUUCUCAGUCCCACAUUUUUUUAUGAUUCUUUGAGGUAUAAAAAUUUAACAGACAUGUAACUGUAUGGCUAUACGAUGGUUAAUCAAUCGGCAGGGUUCUCAAUGCACUUGUUUAAUUUCCGUCAUCUUAAAUCUCCCAUUAAUUCCCUCAUUACAAUCAUAACCUUUGUGUACAGGUGCCAUUAAUCCUCUCAACGAUAAAGACCAUUAAAAAAAUCGAAUUCACUGUAGGUCGCGUUACCUAGUAGUUCCCCAUGUUCGCUAAUUCCCCAUGUAAAUUAAUUUCUCUCCAGAGAUACUUUAAUUCGAGGUAGACAUGAAAACACUUGUAAAUAUCACAUUUGUAUUAAUAAAUAAAUUGUUUACUGAGAAAUAACUAUCGAUUGAAAGUAAUUAACGAGAGAUAAUGUACAAUACAAAGAAAAUACAAUUAUAUAUAGAACAUUAA